CUAAGCUAAGCUAACGGCUAGUGGCAGUGUGUGGUCGCGUCGGGAUCGGCUUUGUUCCUCCACUAUUCACCGAUCUGACAUGUUGCACCUGAUCCCUCGGUGCUCUCGCCUUGUCCUGUGAAAGAACGUGGGCCCUCAACCGCCCUCAGCCGCACAGCCGUUGGCUUUUAGCUUUGUUUUUCUGCGUUUAAAUCCAACGCGACUUGCAGAAACAUGGCGGACAGCGGGCAUUACUACAACGAGCAUGACGACAGAACCGCACCACAUUUCCGGAACCGCAAAGGCCGAGGCCCCAACAAGGGUCGCACAUAUGACAGGUCCCGCAGAGACCGUCAGCGGGGGAGCCACUCGGGGGGGUUCGGUGGUCCCGGGCCACGUUCCCGGCUUGAGGACACGGACGGAGAUGUGACCAUGAGUGACAGCUCCCAAGACAGCAGUGCUCAGAACAGAUUCAACCCAUACGGCAGGCCCCCACGGAAAGGAGAUGGCCGCUUUGACAGAGACAGAAGAGGCAAAGGGGGAGGAGGGGGCAGAGGCGGAGGAGGCAGCUACCGAGGUGGAGGAGCCUUCGGCGGAGGAGGAAAGAACCGAUCGGGCUGGUUCAAAGUUACGAUCCCACACGGAAAGAAGUAUGAGAAGAGAUGGUUACUGACAGCUCUGCAGAACAUCUGUUCAGUUUCCUACACACCUGUACAAUAUCACGUCGAUCACAACAGGGUCCAUUUUUACGUCGAUGAUUCCUCGACUGCCAGUGCGUUGCACAAAUGUUCUCACAAGAUCACAGACUCUGACGGUUACAAGGUGGAAGUGCACGUAAACCCCUGUUCCCCACCCUCAUUUCUGCUGUCUGACCUGAAGCCUGAACACGUGGAGCAUCUGAAGCAAUGCAUGGCAAAACGUUUCGAUGGCUCCCAGCAGGCACUCGAUCUGAACAACAUUCGAACUGACCCAGACCUCGUGUCCCAGAAUAUUGAAGUGAUCUUGAACAGAAAGACGAGCAUGGAGGCCGUUAUCAAGGUCAUUGAAGAAAACAUUCCGGAGCUGACGUCCUUGAACUUGAGCAACAACCGCAUUCACAAACUGGAUGAGCUGGCUGAUUUAGUAACCAAAGUGCCUAAUCUGAAGACGCUCAACCUUUCACACAACGAGCUGAAGUCAGACCGGGAGCUGGACAAGAUUAAAGGCCUGAAGCUGGUGGAGCUGUGGCUCAACAGGAACCCCCUCUGUGACUUCUUCAAGGACCAGCCCUCGUACAUCAGUGCCGUGCGUCAGAGGUUUCCCCGGCUUCUCAAACUGGAUGGUAACGACCUCCCUCCACCCAUUGGCUUUGACGUGGAAACGCCCACCACCAUCCCCAAAUGCAAGGAAAGCUACUUCUGCUCCGAUGAAAUCAAAGUGCUCAUCCUCCGGUUCCUGCAACAGUACUACAGUAUUUACGACUCGGGGGACCGGCAGCCGCUCCUGGAUGCCUACCACGACGGCGCAUCGCUGUCCCUCACCACGCCGUACUCCACCCAGAACCCGUCCAGGAGCAGUCUGGGAGAGUAUCACAAAGACAGUCGAAACCUGAAGAGGCUGAAAGACUCCACAAUGCGCUUCCGAUUGUUGAAACACACGCGGCUCAACGUGGUGGCCUUCCUCAACGAGCUGCCCAAAACUCAGCACGACAUCGCCUCUCUGACCGUCGACGUCAACACCUACACUAACACUCUGCUCUCCUUCACCGUGAGUGGAGUCUUCAAAGAAGUUGCCGUUGAUGGUAAAUCCCGGGAAUCCACAAUGGCCUUCUCUCGAGUCUUCAUCACAGUCCCAGCAGGGAAUUCUGGUUUGUGCAUCGUCAACGACCACCUUUUCAUCCGAAUGGCCACGACCGAAGAGAUCCGCCGAGCGUUUGUGGCUCCCGCCCCGACCCCAUCGUCCAGCCCCGUCCCCACCCUCACUGCCCCGCAGCAGGAGAUGCUCACCGCCUUCUCGCAGAAAUCGGGCAUGAAUCUGGAAUGGUCCCAGAAGUGUCUGCAGGACAACGAGUGGGACUUCAACAGAGCAGCACAGAUCUUCACUCAGUUAAAGACGGAGGGAAAGAUCCCAGACGUGGCGUUCAUAAAAUGAAGAGUUCCGUUAAACAUGUGAAAUAAAACCUGCAGUCGAUUUUAUUUAUAGCUUUUGUUUUAUCAUUCAUUCUUUGCCUUUAUUUUGCUUAUUCCAGAAAAGUUUUGAACAAGUUACGUUAACUGUUAUGAGCUAAUUGUGAACCGUUCGACCUGAAUACUGACAUAAGGUCUGUAGUUUCCACGGUAGCCUCAGUUUCUGUUCAUUUGUACAGAAAUCAUUGCAGAUUUCAUAGGAAUAAAGGCACGCAGAGAGUGAAAUAAUUAUAUCAGGAUUUGUUUGUAUUUCAAUAAAACUAUUUUCUAUCAUACAGUUGA